AAAUCUGUUACUGUGUUAACUUUGCCCAACUUUUCCUCUUUUGAGUCAAAAAAGGUGUAUAGUUAUUUACAACACGCGUUUGGUUGUGUUUAUCAUUUUUUCCAUUAUAAAUAUGUACUUUAUGCAAAAUUUUGUGUAAAUUUGAGUGCAAUGUUGCCAAAUCACUAACUCAAAAUGCCAUUCAUAAAAAAUCGUAUUUAUACAAACGAUAAACUCUUCCGUCCGUAAACAAACCGGAAAUGUUUAUUCUCGUAUUUUUCCUCCUCAAUUUAUUUUAACGAUGUUAGGUUAUAUUCAAAAACUCAAAAUAAAAAAAAUAUUUUGCAUCAUAUUAGCAUCAGGAACAUCCUUUUAUCUUCUCCAGUAUUUUUUGGUUGGACCACAGUAUCCAAUAAUCAUGUGGUGGACCCCAUUCAUGGGAGAAAACGAACGGAUUACCGCCUGUCCCAACCAUAAUUGUAUAUUAACCAAGGACAGGAAAUAUUUAAACAAUACAAAUUUGCAAGCUUUUUUAUUUUAUGGAAGCAAGUUCAAUAUUAGUGACUUGCCGAAACGGAAAGACACUGUUUGGGCCCUUUUUCACGAGGAAUCGCCCAGAAAUGUAGCACUUUUCUUGCACAAGAGAACUUUCGAGGUGUUUGAUAUUGCGGCGACUUUUAGCAGACACAGUGAUUUUCCGCUGACUUUGCAAUAUUUAGAAAAAUUAAGUCUACUUACCGACUUGCAGUAUUUCAUGGAUGUGAAAGAAAAAAAUAAAUUACUCAAUAGUAUAGCUCCAGUAUUGUACAUACAGUCGGACUGUGAUACCCCAAUAGAAAGAGAUAAUUACGUGAAAGAACUUAUGAAAUAUAUUAAAGUUGAUUCAUUUGGGAAAUGCCUAAAAAACAAGGAAUUUCCACCACAAGUUUCAGAAAUAUAUUCCCUGGAUUUAUACAACGAACAACUGCUCCACUUUAUAGCCAAAUACAAGUUUGUGAUUGCUUUCGAAAAUGCCAUUUGCGACGACUACAUCACUGAAAAAUUGUGGCGUCCACUGAUAGCAGGUUCAGUCCCAGUAUAUUUAGGAUCGCCCACUGUUGAGGACUGGUUGCCCAACAAAAACUCGGCAAUCCUAGCAAAAAAUUUCCACAGUCCGGCAGACCUUGCCACCCACAUUACGAAAAUCAACGACGAUGAUUUUUUAUACGAGAUGUACCAAGGACACAAGUUUGGUGAAAUUGAGAACAGUUUUCUUAAAAGUGUCUUAGCUAGGGGUCCGUUUGGGAUUGCGACAGAUCAGGAGCACCCCAUUUCAGCGUUUGAAUGUUUUGUGUGUGAACAGAUUCACGAAGGAUUUGAAAAACGUGUCUCAGACUCUGUUUAUAAUUGUCAGAGACCGAAUCCGGGAAACAGUUGGGAGUACUUCUGGCAAUUGGGGGAUUGCCAGUCCAGGGCCUUGGUCAAUUUUGUUAAAAACGGCGAAAUGAUAGAGCAAGAAGUUUGUUGAGUAAUUGAUAACAACUACAAAUUGUAUAUUUUUAUUAAGUGACAUAACUCUGCUACUAAAAAAACUAUGUGAACAAUGUUACAAUUACUCAAUUAUUGCAAAUGAAUAUUAUAAAAUAAA